AUGAUAACUAUCAUCAUUGUACCACGCAUCAGUUUUACAACAGGCAUGUCCCGUCUUACCAUCAUCGUCGCUGCAACCAAGAACAACGGUAUCGGGAAAAACUCGCAGCUACCAUGGCGCCUUCCCAAAGAAAUAUCAUAUUUCGCUCGGGUCACAUCCAAUGCACCAGAAGGAAUGCAUAACGCGGUCAUAAUGGGGCGAAACACCUACGAGAGCAUUCCACCAAAAUUCCGGCCUCUCUCGGAUCGCAUCAACAUCGUCAUCAGUAGAAACGAGAAAUAUGAUUUGUGCGCAAUAUUUUUAAAUGUACAAUCUAUCUUUUGGGGAUCAACGGACAAUGCAACAGCCUUCCUCGAGUCAGGCUUGCGGCACUCGUUCGAACGACUGCUCAGUCUGAAAGACUCGAUACAUCGUGCCUUCGUUAUUGGGGGUGCAUCCUUAUACUCUGAGUGCCUUCGGCUCUCACCAUCGUCUAUCGUUCCCUUCGUGGACCGUAUUCUCCUCACGAGAGUAAUCUCACCUAGUUUCGACGAAUGCGACGUUUUCAUGCCAGACUUUCUUGCUGAGACCAACGGAGAAGGGGUGCCGGUAUGGAAAAGGGCUACACUAUGAUGCAUUCAAAGAAUGGGUAGGGUUCGAGGUCCCAGAAGGAGAGCAAGAAGAAAAGGGCAUCCAAUACGAGUUUCAGAUGUGGGUUCGUCAGAUUUAAUGUAUGAAUGUGUGAAUCUUCGACGUCUACAUCUCCUUCUGCUGCCAUUCCUUCAUCCUUGUCGCUGCUUGUGCUUUGGAUUUUUGGAGCAAAUAACAUAGACUCUCCCCUUCCUCCGAACGAUGCUGCAGCCUUCGCACAUUGUUUUUACGGAAGAGCGCACUUUCAUGCCUCGAGCGAGAUGUGGCGUCUCUGUGAGGGAUUGGAGACCAUGACGGUGAGGAUGGUGGUGAACCAACGCCGAGGUAAGGCGAAGGCGAGAAAAUAACGGUCGGCUCGAAGCCCAAAGCGCGCGAAGCAUGACGGUCU